UCCGUCUAUUUAGUAUCGCGAGAAUUGAAGGAUUCUAUAUAAACCCAAGCAAACCAAGGGCGCCUUUACUCACUCCCACUUGAGCCAGGCACGGAGGGACAACUACGGUCACGCUAAAGAUGUCUGCCGGGAAAGCACAAAUUGGGAAGCCUGCACCUGACUUCACAGCCAAAGCUGUGAUGCCCGAUGGUCAGUUCAAGGACAUCAAGUUGUCCAGCUACAGAGGGAAGUAUGUCGUGUUCUUCUUUUACCCACUGGACUUUACUUUCGUGUGCCCCACCGAGAUUAUUGCCUUCAGUGAUGCUGCAGAAGAGUUCAGAAAGAUCAACUGUGAGGUCAUCGGCGCCUCUGUCGAUUCCCAUUUCUGCCAUCUCGCCUGGAUAAACACCCCUCGGAAGCAGGGGGGUCUGGGACAUAUGAAGAUCCCACUGGUGGCUGACACUCUUCGCUCUAUUGCAAAAGACUAUGGAGUGCUGAAGGAAGAUGAGGGCAUUGCGUUCAGAGGUCUCUUCAUCAUUGAUGACAAAGGCACACUGAGGCAGAUAACCAUAAACGACCUGCCGGUCGGGCGCUCCAUUGACGAGACCCUGCGUCUGGUGCAGGCCUUUCAGUUCACCGACAAACACGGAGAAGUCUGCCCAGCUGGAUGGAAGCCAGGAAAAGACACAAUCAAGCCCGACGUUCAGAAGAGCAAAGACUUCUUCUCCAAACAACACUAAACAAACAAAACUGUGAGUUAGGAGUAAGAGUCUAGCUGUAGGAGUCUCCAUGCUGGCACUGUUUGUAGGGUAGUGGUUAAAUGAAGUGCUGUUUUGUGUAAAGCUAGAACAACCAUGUAGGUAUACAGCUAAGUGUAAUAUAAUGUUAGUGUGAGGGCUAGGAUGGGAUUGGAAGGAUAUUAGACCAACAUGUGAUGUAAUGGCCUUUGUCUGUGAUCUUUAUUUAGUACAGGCCUAUCACUGGGUUAAACAAACGCAUCCUACUGCCAUUGAUGUACAUUGAUAAACAUUAGACUCAUCAUCCUGUUGAACCUGUCAGUGGGAUAUUAAGAUUUUGACCAAGUGCAAACUGAAAAGUAGUCCUGUUUUGAAAACUGAAAAAAUUUCAGACUAACACAUUGAAGAUACCUUUCCCACAUCCCAACCUCUUCCAUACUGUUUUAUCAGUUCUCCAACAAUUGACAGUUCAGUACUAAGAGUAUUUAUUCUCAGUUGAAAUAAAAAGGUUUGUUACAAAAA